CGCUCCGUGGAAAGAUAAGCCACCACUAGUAAUAUAGCAUUAGGACGAAGCCGGCGUCACUGGUCAACUCUCACUCUCUCUUUAGGGUUUUCUCUCUUUUGUUGAUUUCUGGAGUGGAGAGAGAAAGGGAACGACUCCUGAAAGCCAAAGCGGAUUGGACUAGGUCGAGGAUAUGGCCAGUGGCGAGGGAAAAAAAUCAAAAGAUAAUGCCAGUGGUGAGGGAAAAAAGUCAAAAGCUAAUGCCAGCGGUGGGGCCAAAAAGAAAGAGGUGAAGAGGGAGACUGGUUUGGGUCUAACCAAUAGCAAGGACGAGAAUUUUGGGGAAUGGUAUUCUGAGGUAGUUGUCAAUGCAGAAUUGAUCGAGUACUAUGAUAUUUCUGGCUGUUAUAUUCUUAGGCCAUGGGCAAUGUCAAUCUGGGAGAUCAUGCAAGUAUUCUUUGAUGCUGAAAUAAAGAAAAUGAACAUCCAGAAUUGCUACUUCCCACUUUUUGUUUCUCCUGGUGUAUUGCAGAAGGAGAAGGAUCAUGUUGAGGGUUUUGCUCCUGAGGUUGCGUGGGUGACAAAAUCUGGGGAGUCUGAGUUGGAAGUGCCUAUUGCAAUUCGCCCAACAAGUGAGACUGUCAUGUAUCCUUACUAUUCCAAGUGGAUAAGGGGACACAGAGACUUGCCUUUGAAACUCAAUCAGUGGUGUAAUGUUGUUCGAUGGGAAUUCAGCAAUCCCACACCAUUUAUCAGGAGUCGUGAAUUCCUUUGGCAGGAAGGGCAUACUGCUUUUGCAACAAAAGCAGAGGCAGAUGCAGAGGUUCUAGAUAUUUUGGAACUUUAUAGACGUAUUUACGAAGAAUUCUUGGCUAUCCCUGUUGUAAAGGGAAGGAAGAGUGAACAUGAGAAAUUUGCUGGUGGCUUAUACACAACUAGUGUUGAGGCGUUUAUUCCCAACAAUGGUCGUGGUAUACAAGGUGCAACUUCACAUUGUUUGGGUCAAAAUUUUGCAAAAAUGUUUGAGAUAAACUUUGAAAAUGAGAAGGGAGAGAAGGGUAUGGUCUGGCAGAACUCGUGGGCCUAUAGCACUCGAACGAUUGGUGUGAUGGUCAUGGUCCAUGGUGAUGAUAAAGGCUUGGUUCUGCCACCCAAAGUAGCAUCUUACCAGGUUAUUGUUAUUCCUGUUCCAUACAAAGAUGCUGAUACUAAGGGAAUUUUUGAUGCCUGUGCUGCUACCGUGGAUACCUUGUCUAAGGCAGGUAUUCGUGCCAAGGCAGAUUUUAGAGACAACUACUCCCCUGGUUGGAAGUACUCGCACUGGGAAAUGAAAGGUGUUCCUUUAAGGAUUGAAAUUGGGCCAAAAGACUUGGCAAAUAGUCAGGUACGUGCUGUUCGCCGUGACAACUCAGCAAAAAUAGACAUCCCUAGCGCCAAGUUGGUUGAGCAAGUACAAGAAAUGCUGGAUAAUAUUCAACAAAACUUGUUUGAUAUCGCUAAACAAAAACGAGAUGCUUCUGUUGAGACUGUAAGAACUUGGGAUGAAUUUGUGGGAGCGCUCAGCCAAAGGAAAUUGAUCUUAGCUCCUUGGUGUGAUGAGGAGGAGGUGGAGAAAGAUGUGAAAGCAAGGACAAAAGGUGAGAUAGGAGCAGCUAAGAGUCUUUGUUCCCCAUUUGACCAGCCAGAGCUCCCAGAAGGUACUAUAUGCUUUGCUUCAGGAAAGCCUGCAAAAAAGUGGACCUACUGGGGCAGGAGUUACUAGAUUAUUGGGUUUUAGCACGAUUUCUUUUGAUGUUUCUCGAUCUAUUUAACAAGCCAUGGAAGCAGCAAUCCUGAGGAGCUAGUGAGGGACAAUAUUUUCCAUACAGACAUACACAUAGACAUAUCCAAUUUUUGUAUUUUCUUAGUUAGUAGUCAAUUUGAUAUUGGGUUUUGCUUGAAGAAGUGCGACAAAGCACUUAUUUGCUACAUGCAAGAGGCUAAUAUGUUUUUACAUAAUAUGUUGCUUUGGAUUGAAUUAAUAUCUUUGAACUGUC